AUGAGAGAGAGAAAAGGGGCUUACACAGCUGAAGACAUACUUACGCAAAUAGCCAAUGGUAUCCCUAUGCACACAGCAGAGAAGACUAAUGCCGACAGCGAGGGAGAUACGGUCGAACUGGAGACACUUGCGUCUAUCACGCGACUCAGUAGGUACGGCAGAAGGCAAAGUGUGGGACCAGUGGGCAUAUCAGGUGCGCAUUACAAGGUGAGACUCAGCCGAAAACCCAAAUACAAACACAAACAGGCACGCACCCCAGUACACUGCCAACUAGUGUUGGGCAUAGGCAAUCACACUCACAACAUGAGAGCGAAUGCGGAUGGUAUAGUGUUUACAACUACAAAGAUCAACGUGAUUGCGACGGAUACGCUGGGCAUGGGUGAGAAAUCAGCUACCACACCUCAGAAUGUCAACGUGUACAGUUCGACACAAUGUUCCAAAGAUAUAUUUCUACGCUAUAGGUGCUCCAAAUUUUCCACACAUAUUCACACAUUCGAAACUAGUAUCGCAUUUUGCAUUGUUCGUGAAAUACAACUUACAGCGCUAAAUCAAGACGAAGUCACUGGCAGAGAUCCAAAUGACCCCGUGGCCGAGCGGAGGGAUGGAAACAGAGACCCGGAUAUCGAAUUCAGGAUUGAGUGA